UCGGUAUAAUUUCUUCGCAAUUCAAAAAAUGUUAAAACUUUAUGUAAGAUUGUUCCUGUAGAUAUAUAAUUUCUGGCGAUGCGACAAGAUAUUGAUACGGUUGAUAAUUUAUGACAGCAGUCCAAAACCCAAAUUAACGUACAAAUAUUCUGUCAAACAUGGACUUUAAACGAAUCCCUUAUCGAUUAACUAUUGCAAUUGGAAUGGUCGUUACCGGAUCGAUCAACACACUGGUGACAAAGUGGACUGACAGACAAUCUGUUCCAGGUUGCAAAGACGGGAAUAAUCCCGAACUUCACGAAUUUGAUCACCCGUUUUUGCAGACAGUGGUGAUGUUCAUCGGUGAAUUUUCAUUAUUAAUCGUGUUCAAAAUAAUAUGGCGAUGGAGAACGUAUCGUGGAAAAGAAACUGAAGACCUGGGAAAUCAAAACUUUAACCCUUUACUGUUAUUCAUCCCUGCUUUUUGUGAUAUGAUUGGAACUUCACUAAUAUACAUCGGCCUCACGUACACGUAUGCAUCGAGCACUACCAUGUUUUCGGGUUCUAUCAUCAUUUUCACAGCUUUACUUUCAGUCGCUUUUCUUCGUCGUGUCGUAAAAAUCCCACAAUGGAUUGGGAUAGGAUGUGUUAUCGUUGGACUAAUCAUUGUUGGACUCUCGGAUGUUCUUUUUCCAGAUAAAGGGGGAGAUAUCACUUACGGGAGAAAUGAAAUCAUUACAGGCGACCUCCUCAUUGUCAUAGCGCAAAUUAUUCAUGCAAUUCAGGUGGUUGUUGAGGAAAAUUACGUCACUGCUAGGAAUAUCAAUCCCAUGCAAGUCGUAGGAUGGGAAGGUUUUUUCGGAAUGACGACAAUGGGCUUUCUACUCAUACCAAUGUAUUUCAUUGAGACCGGCCAUGAUAGUGACGUCAUUUCACGGUUGGAAGAUCCCUUGGACGGAUUGUGUCAAAUUGUAAGCAAUUGGAAGAUGGCGCUUGCUACGUUCGGUACCAUUGCUAGCAUUGGGUUAUUUAAUUUUAACGCAAUGAAUGUCACACGAGAGUUAAGCGCCACAACAAGAAUGGUACUGGGCAGCAUCAAUACAGCCGCAGUCUGGCUCGUUAGUUUGUGUUUGCUCUGGGAAGAAUUCCAAUAUCUGCAGAUCAUUGGAUUUAUCGUUUUACUCUCGGGAACUUCGCUCUACGUCAUCCCGUUUCACCAUGUUGUCCGCAAAUAUGAACAACUUUGAGUCGACCAAUGAGAAGAUAAGAAUUUGGCGUCUGUGAAUAAGCUCUUUCGUUUUAUAUAGGCAGUAUCGCAUUGGCAGUUGCCUGCAAACUAAGCGUUGGAAAGAACAAGCUUCUCACAACAAGACUGCGGAGGUUUAAGCCAGCAUGGUUCGACCUGAGCUGCGCUAGUCUGGAAUAUUUGUAUCAUAGAACAAUUUCACUAAUUAUGAUGUAACACAGCAAAAGUGGAUAUAAACACGGUUGCCAGUUUUGGCCACAUAUUGAAAAGGUGAUUUUGCUGAUUAUUAGCUCUUACAAAAUCUAUAAAUAAAA